CUCCUUACGUCUGCUCUGGCCAUUGCCAUUCCCCACAUACCCAGCUCCAGCAUUGUUAUCAUGCUUACGAUUCUGACAUCCGUAGGAGUUCCGGUUGAGAACGUAUCUCUCCUUUAUGCUACAGAAUGGCUCCUUGAUCGAGUCCGGACAGGCAUGUCAACCAUCUCGACAUUCUAUCUCAUUGUAUUCACGCACUGGGUAACUCUCAAAUCUGUCGCCGGAGAGGAUGAUGACGAAGAAGAAAGUGAAGACGCGUACGACAAAGCUAUGUCCGAGCUAUCCAGCAAGGCCUAG